AUGUCUGCAUACGCUGCAGUGCUUCUUGUUCUUGUCUCUACCAUUGGGGUUGCCAUCUAUCGGCGGAUGAGUCGACAUUCGCUGAAUCGCAUCAGGGGGCCGCCUUCCCCAAGUUUACUGUUUGGCCACAAUCUUCUGCUAUCUCAUCAAGACGACGUGGGCGAUUUGGAAUCUCAGUGGAUUCGUCAGUAUGGUUCCGCAUGGCGUCUCAUGGAAUGCUUAGGAAAAGAUAAUCUGUGGCUCGUGGAUCCCAAGGCCCUGCAUCAUAUCUUUCACAAAUCAGGCCAUAAGUAUUCAAGGAGGAUUGAUGCCAGACAAAUUGCAAGACAACUUACAGGCGAUGGCAUACUGUUUGCA